AUGACUUUUCUUGGCGACACAGAAGUGAGAGACUUCACCGGGUAUAGACACUUUGACCUACUAGACGAUGACCUGAGAAAUGACAUCACCUUCUCUCAUCAUGAACAGCAGCAAGAACUACGACUGCAAAAUUACAGUAAUGGUGUUCUUGAUGUUGAUGGUAAUGACGGCAACAACUAUCGUGAACAAGUUACCAUUCAUCAGCAGCAACAGUGUCAAAGGGAGGAAGAACCACAACAACAGGCGUCAGUUGAGCACGGUGCCAACCCAUUCAAAGGCUCACACCCCUUAGUACGAAGAUUCUGGGUUUUUAUUGGCUUGGUGUUCUCUAAUCCUUUCAUUGCUAUGUUUAUCAUAGUUGGGAGCACGAUAACAACAUCUCUUCUACUUUGGUAUGCGUUAACAGGAUUUGAAACCCCCCAUAUAGACAUAUCAUUAGACUCCUUUCAGAUACCAAACCAUGUUAGUUACAUACGAGAAGAUAUGUUUAACACUGCAAUCCAAGAUCUGACGCAUCGCAGAAAGAGGGAUGCGGAUGAAUUUUCAGAGGCAAAUAUCGUAAAGCAUUCAUUACAAAAAUUUCUGCAUGGAUAUCAAGAGUCAUUGUCUGCAAAACGUUCAAAACGUGAGAUCAUUCAGCGUCAUCGUAAUAAGCGUUGGAAGAUGUCGUUGGUCUAUUUGGCAAAAGGCGACAAUGAACAUAAUGUAUUUACAGAGGAGAGAUUAAGCGUCAUCCAUCAAAUUGAGAAGAAGAUCGUUGGGCAUAAACAAUUUACUGAUUUCUGUGUUAAAAAUUACGAAUCAUACAAAGACGAGGCACUCGGCGUGAUUGACUACUGUGCUCCAGUAAACUCAUUGCUGACCUAUUUCUACCCGUCAGAAGUAAAUGGCAAGGUCAUGUAUGAUGGCAUGGGAUCUCAUCUUGCUGACAUUGAUGGGAGUUUAAAAAAAGCUAUGACACAUCAAACAUUUUAUUGGUAUGUUGAUGAAUCUAUGGACAAAAAAAAUCCUAAAAGCCGACUACUAAGGAGUGAGGUGUCAUUUGGUAUGCCCAUUGCUGAUUGUUUUUGGCCAGAUGGCACACCUAAAACAGUUGAUGAGCAGCACGAUGAGUAUGUGAAGUUUAUAGUGUCGUAUGUUUCGAUGCUUGACAAGGAAUCUACAGACUCUAUCUCUGUGCUAUAUGGUGGCAAUGAAUUAUUCGACUGGGAAGUACAGGAAACGUUUUACCAUGAUCUGUCCAUGGGCGCUAUCAGUGGUGGUCUUAUUCUCGUACUUGUCAUAAUCCUUUCGUCUUUCUCGCUUUGGUUAUCAAUUUGGGGAUUCCUCACAAUCGCUUUCAGUUUUGCGCUGGCGUUUGUCGUCUACAGAGUUUGCUUUGGUUAUGAGUCAUUUGGAAUCCUGAUUGGUAUUUCUGUCUUUGUUGUGAUUGGUAUUGAACCCCCUCACCCUGAUGAUGUUUGUAAAUAG